AUGGCGCUCGUUUUGUCUGAUGGGGUAGAAAAAGAGGCAAGACGAAUUAUUGCAUGUGAAAAUGCAUUUGAUGUACUCGAAAUAACGCCAGUUAAUACAAAAUCUGAGGUUGUGUUAAGACACUAUGAAGAGAAAGUUGCACCCCUUCGACGUUUAGUGAGAAAUAAGUUGGCUAUGGAGGCUAAAGCUCGACUGGAUCAUGCAAAGAUGUUGUUGCUAGAUGAUACUCUUCGAGCGAAGGAGCUAACAAGAUUUAAUGAGCGACAACGGAUUAUUAUUAAGGAAAGAGAAGAGUUAAAAGCACUUGAGGCCAGGACUAAAAUGUUAGAGACUCGUGCAGCAGCGCUUUCUCAAUAA